AUGAAGGUGGCAGUUCUGUGUUUCUGCCUUAUCAGCAUCGCUGCUGCAUGGCCAGUGAGUAAAUCCAAGCAGCACGCCAUUUCUGCCAGCUCUGAAGAAAAAUAUGACACCAGGGGCCAUCACUCACACAGAUAUCACCACCAUCACGUGAACUCUCAGUCUUGGGAGAGUCUGCAGCACCCACAGAAUGACCUGGUGUCACCUCAGCAGACUCUUUACUCUUCAGAAGAAAGUGUGGAUGUCCCAGUACAGCCGCGCUUUCCUGAUGUGUCAAGCAAGAGCCAUGAAGAUGUGGAUGAUGAUGACAAUGAUAAUGAUUCCAAUGACACGGAUGAAUCUGAUGAGGUUGUCACAAGUUUUCCCACAGACAUCCCAAUAACUGUACCCUUCCCUCCAUUCCCUUUCACCCGGGGAGACAAUUCCGGCAGAGGCGACAGCGUGGCCUACAGGGUGAGGGCAAAAGCCGCAAUGGUGAAGUCUAGCAAACUCAGCAAAGCUGCAAAAAAGCUCAUUGUGUAUGAUACCACUGAGGAGGAUGAGAGCACCCUGGAUGCAGACAGCCAGCAAGCGGGGCUCUCCCGGGAGGAUCCUGCUGCCCGCCGCUCCCUAGGGAAGCACGCCAUCAGCAGGGAAUGGGCCGACAAGAGCCGUGGGCAGGACAGCAGCGAGCUGGACAGCAAGCAGCGUGACCGGAGCAUGGAAAAGAACAGCCAGCAGAAAUUUGAUAGCCAUGAGGUGGAAAGAGAUGAUAGCAAGGCUGGUGUCAGAGGGGAUAGCCACCAGAGCGUGGAAAGCAGGGAGAACCAGGACCGUGUUUCAGCCGAGAUCCCCAACGAUAACAGCAAUCAAACGUUGGAGAGUGCAGAGGAUGCUCAAGAUCAUCACAGCAUUGAAAAUAAUGAAGUCACCCUUUAA